UGAAAAUUAGAUUUAGACGGUGUAUUCUGUAUAAGUAUUAAUCAGGCAUUUUGUACUGUGUACUUAGCAAGCUUUCAUGUACUUCAAUUACAGAUCUAAAAUGGCGCUUCUGAUGUUGAAGACUCAUGACUUAACGUGGCAAGACCACACGAUCAACGUUGAAAUGAUGCUUGCACCACUGCAUGCUCAGCUGCUAGCUAGUAAACACAAAGCGUUAUCAACGAGGUGCAGCACAGUCAAGCUCAUUUACGACAAAGAACGUGACACCAUGGUGAAAAACAUUAACAUUGAAAAACGAAUGAUGGAAAGAAAGAAAAGUGCAAUUCUGAAAAGGAAAUCCGAAAUUGCUUUCAAACGUCUGUCGUCUGCAAAGAGCGACCCCACAGACGUUCGGUGCCAUACUGUUCCCAACGUGAAUCAACAACGCGGAAAAUCAGCGCCACCUAUAUUAAGUGACGCAAGGCAAUCCGAAGUCUUUCUAACCGAGAUUCAAAAUAUGGGAACGAAAGGAGGUAACGCCAACAGUGAACCUGUAGGUGGAAGGAAAAGCUCCGUGUCUGAAGUAUUUCACCCACUCUCUUCAUCACGCAACAGUGUCAAAUCGUCCGUCACACUACCGUACUUUACAGGAGUGCAGUCGUCCAGUAGAAAUGAAAGUCCGCGAUAUAUGACAACAGCCACGACACACAUGCGCGGAAAAUCUGUUAGAUUUGAAGACGACGAAGAAGACGAACGGAACAGCGAGAUUUUCUUCGAAAAGAUCAACUAUGCAAGACUCCAACAAAAAGUGAGAUCGUUCGUUGAUGAACAAGAUUAUUUCAACAAACGUCCUGCGGAAUACGCAUUAAAUUUUCGAACUAGACAGCGUUUUGUACGCAACCCUUUCGGUCUAAGCAGUGUAAGCAAACAAGCACCUGUCGCCAAGAAGAGCUCAAAACUUUCGAUAAACAGAAAUGAAUUGGAACAAGCUUUUGACAAGUUUUGUGAAGAUAAAACCAAAGAUAAUUUACAUGCAAUGAUGAAGCUAGCAACCAAACAGAAGGCGAGUAUUCGUAUUGCUCGAGACCAAUCUUUUAUUCCUGCCCUAGCAGCCAAGAGAGGCGCAAAGAAAUUUCUCUCUGUUCUCAGAAAAAAUAAGGUCCCUGAAAAUGAGCCUACUGAAAACAAUGAAGAACGUGCCAAUGCCUAAAUCUAGACAAUGUGACUUGGUUACACAACUUUUGUAAUUUGAAUUUCUUUAUCAAAUGUAUACAGCAGUGGCUGUUACUUUCAAUUCAAGGAAAGAAAAGCUAGUAUGUUAAAUAAACUAGAGAAAAUGUGUCAAUUUUUGUACAAUCUGACUGAUCAAAUGCUUGACGCAAAAUCAGAAAUUCGUAAUUUUCAUAGUCUUACUAAAGUACUACACUACUGAAAAGCCCCAGCACAGAACACAAUUGAUCAUGGAUUUUACCCUUGUGUUUGUUAGAGAGCUUUAACCAUAUAUAUAUUCGUCUUCCUUUAUGUUGGUUCGAUAUACAUCAUGUAUUAAUAAUAGUAUCAUACACUUUCGCUGAUGUACAUGUAUGAUAAUAAUGCAAUUGUUAUCAAGAUCUCUGAGUGUGAAUUGUACCAUAUAUUAUAUGAAUUUAUUUAUUAUGCAAUUUUUAUUAUAAACUUUGAUCAAUAAAACUAAAUGACCAACUUA